CUCGUUUGCAAAACGGGCAAUUCCUUCGUUUUUCCCAAAAUACCCUUCCCUUCCCCCAUUCCCAAACCACUCUCCAGCUCAAAACACCUCUCUCUGUUCCAUUUUCAUGGCCCCCAAUACGAUUUAAUACGCACACCGCCUCUCUUUCUUUCUUGAUUUUCUCUUUUUUUUUUCUUUUUUUUUUGGGGGGGAGGGCGGAGUCCUGAGGUGCAGAGCGGAGAGUUCGCGAGUCGAUCAUGGAAGCCGAAAUCCGCCGGCGAAAGAUGUUUUUAAAUCUCGGCCGCAGGGUCCAACGGCGAGUUUUCGUCCUCCGCCGUCUCGUCCGUGCCCUGUGGGAUCGCAUCCUCGCUUGCUCUCUCGGAAAGCCUGCUCGCUAUCGGAUGCUGCAACUAGCCGCCGCGCCAUCGCCAACUCUAGGCGCCGUCGACUCCGGCUUCUCGUCGGCCACCGCCACGCCUGUUAUCCUCCCACAUCACGAGAUGGACUCCGAUUUGGUCUCUUUGAAGAUCAGUCUCCUCGGCGAUUGCCAGAUUGGGAAAACUAGCUUUUUGAUGAAAUAUAUAGGGAAUGAAAAGGAAGAAAGCAUGCAGGGAGGUGGAAUAAAUUCGAUAGACAAGACAAUGUUCGUGAAAGGAGCUCGCAUUUCCUAUAGCAUCUGGGAAGUUGAGGGAGAUGAAAGUUCUCAGAAAAACAUUCCCAUGGCCUGCACGGACUCGGUAGCCAUUUUGUUCAUGUUUGAUCUAACAAGCCGAUGUACGUUAAACAGUGUCAUUAGCUGGUAUCAGAAGUCCAGGAGAUGGAACCAGACGGCGAUUCCUAUUCUAAUAGGAACCAAGUUCGAUGAAUUUAUCCAACUCCCCAUUGAUCUCCAAUGGACAAUAUCGAGUCAGGCAAGAGCAUAUGCAAGGGCUCUGAACGCAACCUUGUUUUUCUCAAGUGCGGAUUAUAACAUCAAUGUAAAUAAGAUAUUCAAGUUCAUCACCGCAAAGUUUUUCGACUUGCCAUGGACUGUGGAGCGCAAUCUCAACAUUGGAGAACCCAUCAUUGACUUCUAGUUUCCUGUUCUCUUGUACAUAAAGCACGUUGCCUUGAUUCUAUCUGGGUAAUCGGACACGUGCCGGAAUAGUGACAUUUGCUCAAGCUGUUUCAUUCAAGCAAAUUGGAGAGAGGCAGAGGCAGAAGGAGCCCACAUCUCCAUUCCUCUUGAAUACUUUUUAUGUUGUUAAAAAAUUGUAGUGCAGGAUCAUAUGGCCCAAAAGAGGGGAAAAGAAAGGAAAUGCAAUUGUAGAUUUUGCAUUCUCAUUCAAACAAAUGCCAUUACUCUGAAUCGUCAAGCAAUCAGAUUGUAAUUUACAAAUCUCUGUAUUGUGAUUCCAUUUGCCAAAA